UCGGGCAAUGGUGCACGAGGGUCCCUCUCAUUUGUUUAGGUACCAUGGAGUGGCACCUCCCGGAUCGAUGCCUUCGUCAGUUUGGUCGGGAGCAGUGCAUUCCGUUGGAAGUCCCCGAGAGUCAAAGGGCGUUUCAUGGUCGAGAUGGUCGGCAAGGUACUCACGAUUGGCCCACGAAGUUGGCGGAAUUGAUCGCGGUAUGGGAGAACCGACAACUUCAAGAUAUUGUCACUCCAACAAGUGUGGGUCGAAUGGGGUAUCAUGACCCAUACAUGGAUAGAUAUCGGCAAACAUCGGUUCGGUACGUGACUCCGGAGGGUGCGGCCGAUGGUGCAUUGGCUGAUGGGAUCGAGCGGAUCAAAGCGUUGACCCAUGGGAAACAAGGAAUGAGACAUGAAGAUGUGAGCUUCAUCAGGAGGAUGACAAACAGUCUGCUUGGAUGUAUCAGAGCACAAGGUCGUGAUCAUCGUAGAUACCCACCCAUGCCCGCACCGGUGCCACCUCCAGUACAAGUUGAUGUCCCCCAUCCCCCACCACCAUACGAGAGAAAGAAAAGCAAGAAGGUUCGGGAAAGACCUCAUGAGCCCGAGAUAAAGCCGUUACCGGCGUGG